CAUAACUCUCUCUCUCUCUCUCUCUCUCUCUCUCUCUCUCACAGUUUUAUCUCUCUAACGGCGAGGCAAUGGGUUUUCCGGUGGGCUACUCUGAGCUCCUUCUCCCAAAAAUCUUCCUUCAUUUACUCUCUUUCUUAGGUCUGAUCCGAAAACUAAUCUCCAUAAUUUUCUGGUUCAUUGGUCUACCCGAUUUCUUAGAACCCGACCCGGUUUCAUCUUCAUGGCCCGACCCACCACCAAACUACACCACCUUAAGCCACCAAGACUCUAACUUGUACUCAGCAGCGAUGCUAGCCGGAGAGAUCUUGCCCGUUGUUCGAUUCUCGGAUCUAAACCGACCCGAAUCCGAAUGUUGUGCAGUGUGUCUCUACGAUUUUGAAAACGACGAUGAGAUCCGACGGCUGACGAAUUGCAGGCAUAUAUUCCAUAGAAGAUGUUUGGACCGUUGGAUGAUGGAUUAUAAUCAGAUGACGUGUCCACUUUGUCGUACGCAGUUUAUAUCUGAUGAUCUUCAAAUGGCGUUUAAUCAAAAGCUUUGGUCUGAAUCUAGUGAAGUUUCUGAACUUCUUGUUGAAUCAGCUUAGGACAUAGUUUUUUUUUUCUUGAAAUGAUAAUACCUUUUAAUUUUUUUAAGUACUUUGUAAUCAGUAUUGGGUUUGGUGGUUGAUGGAUGUAAAUAUAAAAAAAAUAGGUAGUGUUACAGGGUUAGUGAAAAAAAAAAAAGACCAUUUUUUUUUGUAUUAUUCAUUCCGGAAAACAGGAAAUUAAACUUUGAGUUAUUAGAAAUUUGUAGACUCCUUUUUCUUGUUAUGGAAAUAAUAAACAUAAUCGUUAUUGUAGUAA